AUGCGUUUUCUCUUUGGAAUCUUGAUGCUAUCUAUAGGUAGUGCAUUAGCAGGUCCUGUAGGCUCUAAUACGCUAUCUAUUAGAGAUCCACAGGCUGCUACUGGUUGUCGAGGGUGCUACAGUAUUUGCAAUGCACAAUUCUCCCCUGGCCCUGGACGUAAUGCGUGUGCUGGCGAAUGCGAAGGUCUUUACGAAGAUUGUUAG